GGGCCGUACAAACGGGCUGGCGCCGGGCGCUGCUCGCAGGAGGAGCGGAGCGGGCGGCAGCGGGCGCUCGUUGCACCGCCCGCCCCGCCGGCACCGGGAGCUUUUCCCACGGCUCCGCCACCGCCUCCUCCGCCGGUACCGGCAUCCACGGGCGCCCAUGGCACGGCGCGGAGGGCUCUGCCCCACGGCUCCGCGCCCCCGCGCAAAGUUUCCGUUUGAGAAAUACGCAUCCACUCAGCAAAACAAAAACAAAUUUUAAAGGUUGUUCUCGGUGGAAAUCACUCCAUGCCCCAUUACCUGCUUAAGUGAAACCAGACUAAGAACUUCUGUCAUGGCAGCUUUUCUGCUGGGAGCUGUGUUGCUUAUUGUUCAACCUCAGAUAGUGCCUUCCAGACCGGCUAUAAAUUCAAAGGCUGAGACUUCUGCUCAGUCUGUUCAGAGAGAGCUUUUAAAGAAAACAUCUCAAAAAAAUGACUUCAAGGAAAACAUACAUUCUAAUGGAUCAUGCCGGCAGCUGCCACAGACUAUCAUUAUUGGAGUGAGAAAAGGUGGAACAAGAGCUUUGUUAGAGAUGUUGAGUCUUCAUCCAGAUAUUGCAGCAGCAGAAAGUGAAGUUCACUUCUUUGACUGGGAAGAUCAUUACAGAAAUGGAUUGCAGUGGUAUAUUAAUCAAAUGCCAUUCUCUUAUCCGCAUCAGAUCACAGUGGAAAAAACUCCAGCGUAUUUCACAUCACCUAAAGUGCCUGAAAGAGUUUAUAACAUGAACCAAUCUAUGAGACUACUCCUUAUUUUAAGAGACCCAAGUGAGAGAGUACUAUCAGAUUACACCCAAGUGUUCUAUAACCACAUGCAGAAGCACAAGCCGUAUCCAUCCAUUGAACAAUUUCUGAUUAAAGAUGGUGAACUCAAUGUGGACUACAAGGCAAUAAACAGAAGCUUAUACUACAUUCACAUGCAAAACUGGUUGAAGUAUUUUCCCCUUGAUCAUAUCCACAUUGUAGAUGGGGAUAAGCUAAUCAAAGAUCCCUUUCCAGAAAUAGAGAAGGUAGAGAGAUUUUUGAAAUUAUCACCACAGAUAAAUGCUUCAAACUUUUAUUUCAAUAAAACUAAGGGCUUCUACUGCCUAAGGGACAGUGGGAGGGAACGUUGUUUACAUGAGUCAAAAGGACGAGCACACCCACAAGUAGAUACCUGGUUACUCGAGAAACUGCAUGAAUAUUUCCAUGAACCCAACAAAAAAUUUUUUGAGCUCGUUGGCAGAACAUUUGACUGGCACUCAUUUGUUGCAAGUUAGUGGUGAGCUUCAGAACCUAUGUUCCAGUGUACAUCUAGAAAUUUUAAAAAGGGCAUUUAUGCUAUAAUUUAUUUGUAAAAAUCCGUAAAUACUUCUGUACAGUAUUAGAUUCACAAUUGCCAUAUAUACUAGUUAUAUUUUUCUACUUGUUAAAUUUGAAAGCAUUUUGUAUUGUUUUUCAUGGUUGUUAACAUUGUGUAUGAUGUGUCUAUAUGAAGAAACUAAAUUAUUUCACUGCAGAAGAUGCUCUCUUGAGAACGUGUUGUCUUUUUAAUAAAUAAGAAGUUCAUUUCAACAAAACCCUUCAGAAUUAUUUGAAUACUUCGGUCUUUCUGGACUAUUCUGGACUUUCUCCUCUAACUGCUAAUGAAUAUGCUAAGCUUUACAUUUCCAUUUUUCUUGCUUUAAAAUGUGGUCUAAUUUCUUAUCUGAAAACGUUGUUGUAAUUUGAAAAUUGUUCCAUCCUCCUUUAUAAAAUGAUUUCCUGAUAAAGUGGUACUUCUUGCACAUGUUGGGACAUGCACAGCCAAAGGAUGAUGGAAGGCUCUGUAUCAUAAAACAUGUUAACAGCUGUACUUGCCUUUAUAGUUAAUGCUAUAACAGUUGGUCCUCAAAUUCUUUGGCAGUACCAUGCUAGUUUCAUGGCAGUUUUUUAAAGAUUCUGUGGGGACCAGCUCAUAAAAAUCCAGAAUUAAGUGCAGAAAUAUAGUCAACCUGAAAAUUUUCUGCAGUCGAUGAAUGUACAUAUACUUGAUAAUGAAAGAAAGAGGUCUGAGAGAAGAAUUUAAGCAAUAUGGGGAAAAAUUAAUGGUUGUUUAUGACUGUUUCUGAAUUUUAUAGCACACUUAUGCUUUCCCGUCACUGAAAAUCAACACUUAACACCAGAAAAAAAAAAAAAAAAAAAAAAAAGCUGAUCUAUGUUCUAGCAAGCAGCAGCUUCAUUCUUAUAAAUAUUAACACACUUGUACCCUAGUGAAGGCUAUUUUCUAUGAGAUGAGCAGCUGCUUCAUGCAACUGGAAAGUGCUCAUGGACUACCGUUCAAUUAGUCUCCCUCCAGGAAACAUGAAGCCAAGUCCUCGUUGCAGCCUUGUGUGUCAUGGAAUUAACCCCAGUCCUAGGAACUUUUAUGGUCUUCCAUCUGCUAAAAAUAGAAGUUAGAUGUUAGUACAUUUGUAAAAAUAACAGCUCUCCUUAUCUACACUAGUUCUGCUGUCCUGUUAGCCACCAUUCUCCAGAGUUAGAGUUAAUCUUGUUUCCGCACAGGGUAUACUAAAAUACUUUCUUUAUGAGCUCCUAAUUUUCCUGUUUUGAUCUAGAAUAUAUCCAUUGAACAUUCAGUGGCAACACCCUGUACAUUUGAACUUGCUACUGAUUAUUACAAUCCUUUAUAAAAUUUAAAAUUUAAAUGUAGAUGCAUUAAUUUUUCCUGGUGAGAUGGUGCAAACUUGGGCACUGUGACAAGGUACCAUCUGGAUGCAAAUAUCCUAUAUUAUGCUGCUUGCAUGAAAAUUUGAAGAUGCUGCCCCUCUCCCUCCUGCUCCUUGUGCACCUGCCCAAGCUGUAUUCAACCUCAGAGAGGUUGUUGGUGUUGUUUUAUAAAGUAGACCUUUGAUGAAAGCCUAAAAUGAAAUGGUAUUGUACUCAAUAAAAUAUUUUCUGAAUUGCA